UCGAGUCGUCGUGCACGUUCUUCUGCACUAACUUGAGAGUGCAGAGAAAGGCAUUAUUAUUAUUAUUGUCGCGUGUUAUUUUGUAUCCUCUUAUUACAUUUGACGAAUAUUUGUCAAUAAUAGAAUCUAUUUUGCAUGAAAGCAUCGCGUUAGUGUAAAAACGUUUGUUUCUGUUUGUAUCUUAUUUUUUAUAUUUGCUUUCAAUUGCGCGUCAUCACAAACAAAGGAGGGAGAGACAGCACAAGCCAAAGGGUUGACAGUCCAGGAUAUUUUUCUCGUCAUUGACGAUUUUUUUUCCUUUGAGCAACGGCAGUAAAUAAUAGCUUGUAGGUAUGUCUGAAAGCGAAGCAUUGGCAUCCACGCAACAACACAAGCAACACCAGCAGUUUCAGCACCAGCAGCAGGCCUCGAUGGCGAACAUGGCGUGGCAGCAGCAGUAUUCACAGAACAACAUGCAUCUCUACUCCCACUAUCAACAAAUGUAUAAUCAAGGCUACAACCAUCAAAAUCAAGCCAUGUAUUAUCAGCACUACAAUAUGAUGGGCUAUGGGCAAUAUGGACAGAUGUCAGGACAAGGGCAGCAACACUCAAUGCAGCAGCAGCAGCAGCAAAUGCAACAAAACCAACAGCAGAACCAACAACAAAAGCAGCAACAGCAAUCUCAACAACAAUCGCAACAGCAAGGCAACCAAGGAAAGAAACCGACAGAACAGACACCUCCAAUUCCACCUACUCCAAUGACCUUUGACGAUGAUUCUGACCUUCCACCUCUUCCUCCAGGACCUCCUCCCCCAUCCUCCCAGGUGCAGAGUCCUAUGCAAAAGACCCAGCAAAUCUCCCAAAAUCAGACUCAACACAACAACCAGCAGCACAAUGUCCAACAACACAAUGCCCAGCAACACAGCAACCAGCAGAACAAUGCCCAGCAACACAACAACCAGCAGGCAUCUCAUAUUCAACAAUAUGCCUAUAACUCUUAUCCUUAUGGUGGCUGGAAUCCAGUUCAACAAACUGAAUCCAAUAAUUUCAGCGGAAUCCGUUUCAAUCUGCCCAACCAGAAGGCAGGUCUCGGUUACAAUCAGCAGCAGGGUCAGCAGGGUCAGUCGAGCAACAGCGGCGCGGCGAAGAAGAAGCGUAAGCGGAACAAAAAUCUCGCGGCUCAAUACAAUCAAUUUCAGGCGACGCAGCAGCAGCAACCACAAUUACCUAAUACUUCGAUACCUCCUCCUAAUAUGCUGAACGCGUCGUCGGAAUUGCCACCGCUACCGCCAUUACCCGCGGAAAAGCCACCAUCGCCACCGCCAAUCGAAGAGAUCACCAUACCCCCGUCGCCUCAAGCGACUAUACAAGCGAACGUACAACAACCGCCACCUCCGCUCCCAAAAGUACCGCCGAUCGACACCUCGCAACCUCCACCGCCGUUGCCACCUCCGGCAAUCGUUAAGCCCAGUCCCGCGAAACUAGCUGCUCCGGCACCAUCGCCAAUUAGCGACUGGCCGGACAGCUUGAAGAAUUACGUGAACAGGUGCUAUGAGAAGUGUAAGACGGCGGUGGACAAGGAUCAGGUGGAGAUCAUACUCAAGGGCAAGAUCACAAGGUCGGCAAACGAUGGCUCAUUGUGGCUGAAGGACUGGGACAACGAACCCUUACCCAGCAUCCACAGCGAGCGCAUGACCAUGACGAUCAAGCCCCUGCAGGUGACGGUCGGUCCAGCUGGACUACGCAAGCCUGGUAUCUCAAUGAACCUUGGUGCUCGACUUGGCACCAAAUCAUCACCUUUCCUCUCGUCGUCAUCCUCUAAACUCAAUAAUACCAAUAAGAGCCGCUCGAGGUCGCGUUCGAAAUCCCCCUCGCAGCCGCGUAAAUACCGACGUAGUACUUCGUCAUCAUCGUCGAGCGAACACGAUUACAAGGUUCCAGUGACCCAGCAGCACAACAAGCAGCAGAAAAACAAGAAGGGCCAGCAGCAGCAGCAGCAGCAGCAGCAACAUCAUCACCACCAGCAAAAUCUCAAUCAGAAGCAGAAUAAGAAGAACAAGAACAACAAGCAGAAGAUGAACGUGAACAAGGCCAACUGCCAUUUCUACUCGGAGCACGGUAUUCAGGGCGGUAAUAUCGAGGAAUUCGGUACGAAAGAGAAGUUACAACAGCGCGCCGCGAGAUUCAGUAACUCGUUUACAAAUAAGCAACACGCGCCACCGCCACCUUCAGCACCCCAACGACCUGCGCAACAUGUCAAACCGUCGAUGCGCAUUAACAAUAUGAUCGUCAGGGACGACCCUACAGCCGAGUUUGACUUUACAGGACUUCAUAUCGUGGGUACUUGUACCGACCUGGAGAAGCCGUACCUGCGACUCACCUCGGCUCCAGCUGCAUCGGCGGUUCGCCCAGUUAGUGUGCUAAAGCAUUCUUUGGAUCACGUUAAAAAGCGUUGGGCGACUAAACAAGACUAUCGUUACACGUGCGAUCAGUUGAAAUCGAUUCGUCAAGACUUGACGGUUCAGGGUAUAAGGGAUUCAUUCACUGUACACGUUUAUGAAACUCACGCGCGAGUCGCGCUUGAACGUGGUGAUCACGAGGAGUUCAAUCAGUGCCAAACACAACUGCGUAUGUUGUAUUCGGAAGUUGGUGGUGAGAAUCGCUGCGAGUUUGUCGCUUACCGUAUACUCUACUACAUCUUCACUAAGAAUACUUCGGAUUUAACGACAAUACUCGCAGCGCUCUCGGACAAUGACAAAAAAGAUGAGUGCGUGGAUCAUGCGUUAAAAGUCCGUUCUGCGUGGUGGUUAGGCAAUUACCAUAGUUUCUUUAAGCUUUAUAAACAAGCCCCGAGAAUGGCGGGAUUCCUCAUGGACUGGUUUAUUGCCAGAGAGAGGAAGCUUGCUCUUAAACAAAUGAUCAAAGUCUAUCGACAAAAUUUGGCGGUUGAUUUCAUCAUUGCACAAUUGGCAUUCGAAUCGACGGAGAAGUUUUACGAGUUUGUCGCUGAAUUCAGUUUGGCUUACGGUGAUGCCGAGCGCAAGCAGCUCGAUUGCAAGACGAGCAGCUCUUCUAUAGGUGCUUGGUAGACGCAUAACAAAUUAGCCUGGCUAUCAUCUCCUUCGUACAUGAAAAGAGAAUCUCCAAUUCCCUUCUUCGGAGAUUCCGUACGCCAAGACUAUGGAUUAUAUAUAUUUCUUUGUUUUGAUAUUCCCCCUAUAAAUGGGACUGGAAAUCGAACAAGUAUAUACGACAAGAGAAAUACUCUUCAUUCCUUCGACGUGCGAAUCCGGCGUCGAAAAAAUUUUCUCUCUUGUACAAAGAUACAUUGCACGCAGGCGGAAUGUAAAUAUUUCGACGACGUUGUUUCUUUUUCUUCAACGUUGUCGCUUGUACAGUCAUGUAUUUUUGGUGUUUGGCCCGACAAGAGCCACACCUCAAUAUGCUGUGUGGGCCACAGCUAUGUGUAAAUCCACCUCUCGCUUUCAUCGUUUGUUUCUCCUGAAUAUUAGGCAAAAUAUCUCUCACAUGUAUACAAUUUCCCCAGUUCGCAAUUCACCUCCUUUCACGGCAAAGUGAAGAGAAAGAGCAUCGUUAUUUCAUGAAACGAAGAUAGACAUUUGUAACAUUAUCAUUUACCGGAGGCAAAAAAAUUAACUAAAAAUCAGCCGGGCUCAAUUUUACUUCCCUACCAGACUUCUUAAUGCUACCGACGCGCAGAAUACACAUAGAUUAGAUAUCUUUUAUUAUAUCAUCGGCAAGAGAGGGACGAACGACAACAUCAGCAGGUCAAAUGAAGCGGCAGCAACGGUGGCAGAGGAAGAAGGUGAAGACAGCAGUAGAUUGUUGCAACCAGUCAGUAUGUUUUUAUCGACUUGCACACGCACGCGAGUUAAAAAACACAUACACGCCUGAUGAGCUUUAUGAUAAAAUUUGAAGCAUCAAUUUGUUGAUCUAUUUAUCUAUUAAUUGUUAAUUUUUUUGCAUAAAAAAAUUAUUACUAUUCUAGUUAUCGUAUAUAAUAUAUGUAAUUUGUAAUGAAAAGAGUGCGAGAAUGAUUUGAUUUAAUUAACGUGAUGAAUGAGCGAAUGGUUCUCUCAUUGUAUAAAGAAUAAUAAAAAAGUGUUUAAUACACUUUAAGAUUUUAAAAACGACCGAAAGUCAGUUAAUUUAUUAGAAAG